AUGAGUGAACCUACUAUUAUUAUAGACCCUAAUGAGGAAUUGCAAAUUGUUCUUCGUAUAAUCUACUAUAAUGUGCCUGGCUUUUAUUCCAAUCCUAGAAAAAUACGAAAAAUAUGUAUAAAAGAAGGAUAUACUCAUUUUCGACUUAAAGAUAUCACAAACUGGUUAGAGAAUCACUUAGCAUUAGUUAAAAAAUUCAAACAAGAUUUGGCGAGACUUAUAUACAAAAUUCAAUAUGCCAUAGAGAGAAAACUCAAAGAAGGCAUGUCACCAUCAUAUGCAAUGUCAUUAGGAGAAGUAAUACCUAAAGUAUCUAACAAACCUAAAAGACCUAUUGGAAAGAAUGAACCACGAUUACAGAAGGGGCUCACAGUAAGAUAUCUAUUAAAACCCGGUGAGCUAGAAGGAGAGCAUAUGCAUAGAAAAACUGACCUGUGGUGGUCAUUGCGUAUCUAUAAAAUCAAAAAAGUUAUUGUUGGUAAAAAUCCACCACAGCCAGUCUUAUACUAUUUUGAAGAUGAGCUAAUUGAUUCAACUAAAUAUUUAAUAGGUC